AUCAAACCUUCAAGACAAGUGUGUAUACCUUCAAGACAUAUGUUCAGUCGGUUUGGGUGUAUACCAGUGACACUGACAACCACAUAGUGCCACGCGACUCCAUCACAAUCAUCAGCGCAGCAAGUGCCAAUAACUUCAAUCUUGCAGCGACUGGAUAAGCUCGUUAAUUGCAUCGCCAGGCCCAAUUCCCGUCACAACAAACAGCAACUGUGCACCAGAGACUGAUCUCACAAUGAAAAUCUUCAUGAGCUCUAAACGAAGAAACCUGAUUAAAGAUUUGAAACUGAAACGAGAAGCGUUCAAAAGAGAGUUAGAAUCGUUCGAAGCGGUACUUGAUAGCUAUAAUGAAAAAGACUCAAUAAACGUCAUUCAAAAUCUUUUAAACGACCUAGAAGAAGAAUAUAUCGUAUUUAAAGAUACCCAAAGCGAAUUGGACGAUAUAGACGAUGGUAAGACAAUGCAGGAACGCAUUGAUCUGAAAAAAUUAUUUAAUACAUGUAAAGGACGCGCUCAAGAUAUAAUAGAAACGGUAAAAAUGCAGACAAGCGUGGCUCUGUGCUUGAAGGAAGAGGAAACCUUCCCUGAGAAGAUAUGGUGGUGGAUAACGUUCGUUGCUAUUCACCAAUUAUUCGCAACGUGAAGAGUAACGUGCUGAGUCCUGACCAGGCCACCGAAGACAACUCCGAGUCGAAAACCAUGACAGAGAAUUCGCAAUCGAUGGCCGACAUAUCCAACAUUUCCAAGAUAGAUCUCCA